AUGGGUCUCACUUACAAUAUCUACCUGACCUCGAACAAGAUCUUUGGUUGCAAGACCUGCAAGACCCACCUUGCAGACUACCAUGAUAUCGUAAGCCGGAACUUCCGCGGUCAGCACGGGAAAGCAUACCUAUUCAAUACCGUUGUCAAUGUCAACCAGUCUGACGCUGUGGAGCGUAGUAUGACGACCGGUCGACACAUUGUGCGCGACAUCUCCUGCCGCCAGUGUAAUGAAACGGUAGGAUGGAAGUACGACAAGGCAUACGAGGCCAGUGAGAAAUAUAAGGAGGGGAAAUUUAUCCUAGAGGAGGAGUUACUUUGCAAUGUGAACUGA